GUUUGAUUUGCAGAAAUCAGAAGAAGCAGCUUUUUUCUCAGCAUCAGGAUAAACUUUACCAACUGUGUGAAAAGCACAGCUGCAGAGGCCGGCUGGAAAGUUGGCAACCCCGAUGCAGUGAGUCCAGAUUACUGUACUUGGCUCCAGGGCAUAGUUUUAGAAUUUGAUCUUAAAUUGUACAUUGCAGGCAUGAAAACAUCUGAAGAUCAUUGUAUGUUGGGAUUUAUUUCUACUGAAUCCAUUAACUCAAAUUAUGCAUUAAUAUUAGAAGCACAACAUACAUAGCUUCUUGGGCCCAAACCUAAUUAUUAAUCGCAGUGCUUUUUUUCUAAAAAAAUGUUUAGGGGGUACUCUCAUUUUCCUACUCAUUUGGAAAAACUGUCCCUCAAUAAGGCCAAACGUAGAUUCACAAAAUGUUUAGGGGUAUGCGUACCCCUGCGUCCCCACAGGAAAAAAGCACCGAUUAAUCAUUAGCAUCUUAUUUGUGAGUUUUUCUGAUAUUUGCAAAGGCCUCUGUGCCAUUUCCCUCUCCCUUUCUAGUUUAGUUUUAAUUGAUCUAACAGCUAUUUACUGUAAUUGAUAGUAUGUUUCAGCACAAACCUAUACAUGUUUACUUUGAAAUAACCCCUCCCCACUAUGGGACUUCUUCUCAUGUGCAUUUAGGAUUAAUAGUGCAUUGUUAUUCAGGUGGUGUUUUUUUUAAUUCCUGCUUUUUUCUGGUUGCAAAUUCACUUUCUCCCCUAUAAAGUAUUAUCUUGUGCUAUCAGCUGCUUAGAUAUGUUUAACUGAUUAUUUAAUUUUAAAUUUACUGAAUGAAACCAAAUAAUUAAACGGGCAUUACCAACAUCUCAAUAUAGUUUCUUUUUUAAGGAUUUGAAAAGAUGGGUUUAAUAACUUUAGUAAGCAAUUUAAUAAGCAAAAGUGACACUUGGUAUUAGGAAUGUGGGAAAAUGUCAGUUUCAGGUUCUCAUUUUUCUGACAAUAAAUUUAGUUCUCCACAUUCUCAUAUCACACACACUCUCUUUGUGAAAAUUCACAAGCUUUUCUCGUAAUAUGCACAUUAUUGCAAAGCAAUUUUCUAUCAUGUACUCCAUUUUUCUAUGUUAUUUUCACUUAUAUGUAUUUAUUUUCACACUUUGCCCUAGGGUAUGCAAUUACUUGGCUGGAGAACCGCGUUGCAAAAUCCGGAGGCGUUUAAAUGUUGAAGGAUGCUGUUUCAGUUCAUGAAUUGUUUUGGAAUAUGAGAAUUAGGUAAGUUCACCUUUAAACGCAAAUUGAAUAGCAUUUCUCCCUCAUUCCCACUUGAUGGAAGGAAAUUUCGCUUUGGGAGUCUUUAAGAUUAAUCUUCCCUAUUAUUGUCAAAUAAAAAAAGGCAAACUGGAUUUAAAAUGAACAAGUUAAACCCCCGCAAGUAUUGUUUAUUUAAGAUAACUUACAUCCUGUCUUUUAGCUGAAAAAUACUGUAGUCAAGGAGGCUGACAGGAAAUUCAUAUAAGUCUUUUUAACAAAAAAGAAUUAUAAAGUCAUGUUUUGGAACAGGCAUUGGAUGUGGCCCUCCAGACGUUGGACUACAACUCCCUUCAUCCCUGGCCACUGGCCAUGCUGGCUGGGGCUGCUGGGAGUUGGAGUCUGGAUGGCGACAGGUUUCUACAUUCUUGCUAAAUGGAAGAGCAAGGUAUUCCAGCACUGACCUCGGCCAGAAAUUAUCCACUUCACUUGCCUGUUGCUGUGGUUGCUAGAAGGAAAGCUGGACCAAUUUCUCUCGGAUAUGACAACUAGGGAUUGAAAUCUCUGAAUAUAUUUGUUCUGUGCUACCUGUGUCUCUGUUCAUUCAUAAAUCCGUUUCAUGUUAUUUCCACAUUAAUCUGGAAUUUUUUUAAAGAUGCAUGAAAGUCCCAAUUUAAAUAAGAAUCUAAAUUUGUAUCCUUGAAUAGGUUUUCUCAGAAAAUGUAUGUUGCAAUAUAGAUUUUCUAGCAAACUCCGCAUAUAUUUAAUCUAAUGUAAACUUUGGGGAAGUGGGAAAUCCAAAGGAUAUCUAUUUUCUGAUCCACUCAUUAAAGCUUGGGAGGUGCAGUACAAGAAUUCCUCAGGCAUCCCUGAUGACGACUAUCUGCUUUGGAUACAAAAUGGAAGGAAAACCUCUAAUAAUAAUAAUAAUUUAUUAUUUAUAGCCGGCCCAUCUGGCCGGGUUUCCCCAGCCAUUCUGGGCGGCUCCUAACAGAAUAUUAAACAGAAUAAAACUUCAAACAUUAAAAACUUCCCUAAACAGGGCUGCCUUCAGAUGUCUUCUAAAAGUCAGGUAGAAUCUCAGGUAUGAAUGUAAUCCUCUGCACCCUAAUUUGAGUAAAUCCCACUGAAGUCAGUGAUAAUUAUUUUAGAGCAGCAUUCACUAACCCAGGGCUGGCCUGUUCAUGAGGUGAGGCUCCACCUGUCCUGCCACCACCACCACCACUGCCAGAGAAGCGGCAAUGGUAGCAGCUUCCAUGAGAUCUCUCCAGAAACUGCCACUGCCGCUUCAAGGACAAGGCCACACAACACAGCAGUGGCAUCAUCAGAGUGACGGUACCUUCUGGUUUCACUUCAAGCAGCAAAACGGGAUGCACCAGCCUGUGCCCUCCAUGUGUUUUGGACUACAGCUCUAAUCAGCAUUAGCCAGCACAGCCAUGCUGCUUGGGGCUGAUGAAAUAGUCCAAAACAUCAGGAGAGCAAAGGCUGUUAUAGAGGGAUAUGCAUGGGAUCGGGGAUUCAGGUUUCUUUUUUCAGCAUACAGUGGUACCUGGGUGUUAUGUACUGAAGUUCUCACCCUGGGCCAGCAGGGGGAUACUGUAGAUAGUUAUGCAAAUGAAGGAUCGAAAGUGACAUUCAGUGAUUGGCUAGUUACAGAAAAUGGUUACUGUUGCAUUCUAGUGGAGCUCUAUAUAAGCAGGCUGACUGAGCUCCUCAGUUCAGUUCAGUUCCAGCUUACAAAUAAAGAGCUGCUUUGGAAGAAUCGCUGUGUCGUCUGAUAUGUUCGCCCACAACUUAACACUCGGGUUACAUACGCUUCAGGUUACAUACGCUUCAGGUUACAGACUCCGCUAACCCAGAAAUAGUACUUCGGGUUAAGAACUUUGCUUCAGGAUGAGAACAGAAAUUGUGCUCUGGCGGCGCGGUGGCAGCAGGAGGCCCCAUUAGCUAAAGUGCUGCUUCAGGUUAAGAACAGUUUCAGGUUAAGAACGGACCUCCGGAAUGAAUUAAGUACUUAACCCAAGGUACCACUGUAUUGGGCGUAGGUGGAUGGAACUGGUGUGCCUCUGUAUGGACUGCUGCGACAGCUAUUUAUGACAGCCCUGUUUUUUAAUCAGUGCUGGAGCAGUGGGGGGUUGAAACUGUGGUUCAGACCUCAAUUACUCUGCUGACUGAAGCUUGCAAGUGUGUCUUUCUCACUUGUGCUAUAUUUUGGGUUUGCUUUCAUGUAGCUUCAUAUUGGACGCUAUUGCAUUUUAUUUAUUUAGUUUGAGAUUUCAGACCAAUGGUACCCUUGAACAGUGUGAAAAAUAUUUAAGAGAUUGAGAUUGCUCUCAUUUCUUACUUAGAAAGUAAAUGUUCCCAUUUUAAAAAUUGGGUUUAUAUUUGGUAAUUCAUUAACUCCACAGGCAAUUAUUUGGUUGCCACCACUGUGUUCCAAAUACAGAUUUACCCUACUAUGAUUAUGCAACAUUGGGUACAUUUAGAUAAUGAAUUUGGUUUUUUAAAAAUGAUUUUAUAUAGGUAAGUCCAGAUGACCCUGGAGGCUGUUGGUAGGUACCUUUCCAGGGAAGGGAAAUGUAGGAUGGGGUGGAGUUUCAGAUUGAAGGCGGUGCCUUUUCUAAUUUGAACCUGCACCCCAUAACUCUGUACACGCAUCCCCUGAAAUGGCACAUGGUCAUUUGGACUUACAUACCUCAAAUUAAUAAAAACCAGACUUCAAAUAAUUCCACCGCAACAGACAGUGAGGCAAUGUAGUUUUGGGUAGAAGGCAAACAGCUAUGGCAGAGAAACAGUGCUGAAUGUGGCAAAAACAGGGUGGAAUGAAAAAGGUUCCUUCUUACAUCCUUAGCAACUAUGCGACAUCACAAACCUGUGCAUGUUUCUUUAGCAGUAAGUCCCAGUAAUUCAGUAAUUCAGCAGUAAUUCAACGGGCCUCGUUCCCGUUGUCCCAGGUGAGCCGGCACAGUAUUGCCACCUCUCUUCCUCCCUGCAACCCCCAUUUUAUGCAGUUCCUCUUUCCUGACCUGCGGAAUGGGAGCGGAAAGUCACAUUCUCCAGCAAAAGCUGGAUGAGUUGCUACACCAUGCCCCCUUCCCAUAGCCAUCAUCUCAUAGCCAUCAGGCCCCUCCCAGAUGACCUUUUUAAUUACAUUUGUGAUGUUUGCGCUCAUGAUCUAUCAGGAUGGUCGUAUACGAUCCUGCUUUCGAUACUGUUUCUGCCUGCCAAAGGUUUGGAGUGUCCACACGGCUUCAUUUCCAACCAGCGCAUAUCCCGUCAUGUGUUUGUCUGAGAAAGAGAGCAUAACUCUCUUUGUCUCUCAACUUUUUCACAUGUCUCCAACCUGGGUUUAUUUCACGGUUCGUGGCAAUGCAUGGAUCCAUUUGCCUUAUGCUCCCCUUUCUCAUUCUCUCUCUCUUCUAUGCCAUCUGCCCACCUGUCCGCAUGUGUUUGGGGAUCUGUCUUCUCGGGGCGUUUCCCCCCCCUUGACACACUGUUUAUCACUGUCAGAAGCCCACUCGCUCAGUCCAGUUCCAUCAGGGAAUGUAGCAACCACAGAUCAAAGCCCCAGAGUUCUGGAAAGCUCUUUCACCACCAGUGGCUCAUGGUUCCAGGCCUGGGUGAGAAACCUGAACAUCCAGGCUUGCAUAGCUCAUUAAUGCUUCAACAGAUCAUUGGAGGCUCUAUUUCCCCUUCCCCAUCAGUGGAUCCGAUCUGACUCCAUGGGGCGACCGUCUGCCAUUUACCCAAGGGCUUGUAAAACUCACCAAACUUCCUCAUAAACUCCCAGCAAAGAAGGUUUCAUUUUUAAGAAACUCCAGCCCAGCUGAUAUCAGAUUCCAGGAACCUCGGUGGAGAAGAGUGGUGGACGCGGUCUCCAGACACAAGCAAUCGGGGGGGUAAAAAGGUUGGUUUGCUAUCAUCGCUGUAUUGUGUCACUAUGUUAUUGUAUCACAUUGAGGGGUUCCCCCCCUGCAUUCUUUUCCCUAAUGCAUGAUAAAUCCUAGCGCAAGCAGCAUGCGCAGCCAAACCCGAAAAAUGCGAUCAGAGAAAUAUUUAAGGCAGCAAAGUCUGCAGCAUUCGCGUGGAUAUGUUAUCUGCAUUAUAUCGGCCUUACCGAUGUUUUGUGGAAUAAUGGGAGGUAGAUAAUACCCCAGCUACCAAAUGCAACAGAAUGCGGACGCGGUUAUUGGAGAUCGAGAUGUGUGGCACCAGAAGCCUGCAGUGUUUAUAUUGCAGCAUUAUCCAAAUGAAGCCGUAAUAUCUCAGCUGACGCAGGCAAGGAAAAUUAGUCAGAGAUUAGCCAAGCGAUCGAGACAGCUAAUGUGCCGGAGCUUAAAUCGCUAAAUAUAUCCAUAGUUACAGCAGACCUUUGGUAAUAAAAUGUGUAAUAGAUGCCGGGAGAUGUGACUGGUGUUGUAGCUAGCGGCUCAUUAGUUGUUUAUAUGCCUGGGCUCAGUGACAGUUUUGUGGAGAACCAGGAGAGCUUUUUAAGGUUUCCUGAAAUGUAUUUUUUUGGGGGGGGAGUUCCCCCAAGUGUUUGAAUCUCAAAACUUGCAAAUAUUCCAUCUCUUGUCCCUCCGUCUUCCUGAAAUCCCGGGGAAAUCUUGAGUUGUCCCAAGUGACAUGUUGAAAUUAUUAUGACCUUCCGUUUAAUGUUUUGUUAGUUUAUUACAUUCACCGCAGCUCACAAAAUGAACAGGAGCUGGGCUGAGUAGUCUGCUAGCAUGAGCGAUUGCUCUGACUAUGGCAGCUUUAUGUUGAUGUUAGCUAGCCAAUUUCGGUGUAAUGGAUUCUAUAUUGCUUCAAUACACACAAAAAUAUUUGUCGUUACAUGUUAUGCAGGGGUUGCAACUUAUAUAUGCAGUAGCUUCCGCUAUACAUUUUGUGCGCCUUUGGAGAGAAUUUGUUUUGAAAUCAUUGCGGUUUUUGAGGGUGAGGAGGAGAAUCUCAUCUAACCUAUCUGUACUCGGUUUGAUUACAUUAACAAUUUGGUGAAAACCCAUUACACAGCCACAACAUAUUCAAACUUGGAGCAGGCAAGUUUUCUUGUUGCUGACAUUGGAUCCUCACUAACAUGGUGUUUGUUGAAAAUGCACUGAGGAAAAAAUACGUUUUAAAACUGUAAAGUUUCACCUCAUUUAAAUUAAAAUGGGUUUAAAACACCACCACAUUACUGCUUUGCUGACCAGAUAUUGAAUUGCUGUGAAAUGGUUCUUCUUCAUAACUUGUACAAUUCGAUUUUGGGUAAAAUUUCCUACUCCACUUUAGCAACUUACAUAGUGUGUAUGAUAUCAGGUGGGCUUGGGUUUUUUUUAAUGGUACAGAGGACAGAUAGACUACCAAUGCAAUCCUAUACUGUAUAUAUAUAUAUGCUUACAGUAAGUCCUACCAAGUUCAGUGGCACUUAUUCCCAAGCAAGUGUUUACAAGAUUUCAGCCUAAAUGCCGCAGUUAAGAAAUUCUUCCAAUUCUAGGAACAAUUCUAGAAAUGACCUUUCUGUUGCUAAUAAUAAUAAUAUCAUGAAGCAAGAGUUAAGGAGAUGUAUACACAAUUCAGGGGCUCUUGGGGUGAACUUGAAGAUUUACUUCAACAUUCCCAUCCAAUAUUAAAUAUACUUUUAUUAUAUUAGGUGGAAUAUCCUAGUGGAGCUGAAAAUGAAAGGCAAAAUGAUAAUAUUUCCAUGGUGCCUGGCAGCCAGCAUUCCCUAGUCAACUGUUUUGGAAACCUUCAAAUCAUGCAUUUUCCUACAGCUUAGAAAUGCUCAUGUCCUGCUCAUGUGAGAUUUGUAUUCUUUUUCUUUGGAUCAUAAAUAUAGCUUCCCUUCCCAGCACUACUGGUAUCUGCAGCGUUUCAAGGUUUAGCAAAUGCAGGCAAAGUUCUUAGAGAGGGUAUUUGAAGGAUCUGCUGGAGUAUUAGGUACAAAUUCAGCGCAUUCCCUCCAACCACUAGACACGCUGAGAAAGCAGGCAGUUUAAUUUAUUUACUGUAUUUUUCUUUUAACCUGCUUGUCAGGCAAUUGUCAUCUUCCGAAGCAGCUUACAUCAAUUGAAAAGAAAAGGGGGAAAUGAGAGCCUGGUCCUGCCAUCCGACUUACGAACUAAAAAGACAAGGCAGUCACACAAGAGGAGCGAAGAGGAGGGGAAAGGUAGAAGGGAGAGACCAGUUUAACCAAGGCCAAAGAAAGUGCCUUGGUGAGCAUUUAGACCCAGAUCUAGCCAUGCUCCUCUUCCCUUGCUGCUGUUCUUGCUUGAAUGGUAGCUGGUGGCUCUUUUGGCCUAUGGAUGGGAACAGCAUGUUCUUGCCGGCUUAGCAAUCCCAGGGUAAUAACUGUGCCUCUUAAACUGGUACAGCAGGAGAGAAUAAUGCUCUAAGCAGAACGGAUUACAAAGGGGAAUUGAUUGAAUAAACCCCAUCCUCCUCAAGCUGCGAGGACCAAGGACAAGUAUGAGAGAACAGAGACGGUCCUGGUGGCAGGUGGAAUUAUAUAUGUUCUUUGGGCCCCAAGAACUGUAAACUUCUAUACUGUACUGUAUGUAUUCCAUUCAGCGUAUGUAGAAGAUAAACAAUGGAAAAUCUGUUGCUCCACAGUACAGGAAACUUGUAUCGUCAAUCAUUGUGUCUGCUUGUUUGUGUGUGUUUUCACACUUAAAGUUGAGGUGUGAGGAUGGCAAUUGAUUUUCAGUGUUUAUUUCUGUUUGCCUUUUAGACAGUAAGGGGUGCAGUUGAUACCAAAAUCAUGCUCUUAAGUGCCGAAAAAGCAGUGGUGAGGGUUUGUGUUGUUCAUGCUAGGCUUGGGUUUUCUCCUCCCUACAAAAGUUAAUAAAAGGAAAUCAAGCCUUCAGACAUAUUGGUCUGCCGUCUGACUUCCUUAUUUACAUACAUAUUCAGGAAAGGUUGUUAUUUCCACCCCAGCUCUAAACAUAUUUACCUGUAAAUGUCACAUGAAUUUCCAUGAGAUUUGUUUCUCAGAAGGUAUAUUUCAGAUUGCCGUCUUCAGCUAUUCCUGUCUCCUGCCAAGUUUUACCUAACCACCCGACAAUAAAAGGAACUGUGUUUUCUCAGUUUCUCAGCAUUGCAAAGCAGUAGACAGUAGAUUCAAGAUUUAUUUUGUAUGUUUUUCUUUUAAAACCCUUCCCCCUAAAAGGCUUAGCGAGUGGAUAAUCUGUCAUGGAUUUAAAACCCAUCCAUUUCAGAUGGGGAAGAAGGGUUGCUGUUUUUUAACUAAAUGACUAAUCUUCCAGAGUAUAUUUCUGAUCCUGUUUUGUAUAUUUUAUAGCAUCCUCAACCUCAUGAAUCUUUCUAAAAAAUUGUAAGGUGGAGGGACCACAAAUGUUAUCCUGCCCUACAAAAACACAUUAUUAUACUUUAAAGAUUAUCCAAAGCAAACCACUGAUGAAAACUCACAAAUUCUGGGCACAGUCCAGACAAAGUGAAUUUUUUUUUAAAGACUGAUGGAUUUCAGAGAGAAGGGAGAUUUACAGGGCAAGCGUAUGCAAGCUUACUCAGAUGUAUGUCCCACCAUAUUCAGCUGGGCUUGCUCCCAAGUUAAUUGUGCAUAGGAUUUCAGCAGAGGGCUCCGCUUUUGAUGGGUUCUGGCUCUCUGGUUUCAGGAUAAAAGCUGGAACUCAAUCCCAGGACAGAAGGAAGAGAAAACAUUUGCCACUGCUGUCGCUUCGUUUUUAACAAUUGUUGCCAAUUUUGGAUGGCAUUCAACUAAGUAUCGCUCAGAGUAGACCCACUGAAAUUAAUAAACAUGGCCAAGUUAGGUCCAUCCAUUUCAGUGGGUCUCCCUUCAGUGAAACCUGAUUGAAUACUGGCCUAUAUUAACAUUAUAAUCACUAAUAAUUUGACCCGUUGCUCAGUUAGUGAAUUUUGAAAUAUUACUGCCAAUAAUAUUUUAUACAACUAGAAAUUUGUAUAAAAUAUAGAAGUAUUUUAUACAACUGGCAAACCCUUGGGAAAUGAGGUGCUCUCCUUGAACGUGGUCCAAGGCCUUGGCAGUACUUACGUACAGGCACUUUCUCAGAAUUAGUCACAGGUGCAACACUUCACUAGAACGGGCCUUCCAUUAUUCAGAGGAACAAAUCAGCAUGCAAUAGCAGCAGAGAUUGCCAGCCAAAGGCAGAGAUUGAAGAGCUACAAAACCCGAAACGUAGCCAGAGAGUCUGGGAAGAGGGGGUGGGGGGGAAACCCAUUUGAAACAUUCCGAUUGUUCUCUGUGCUACCGGGAUCUUUCGAUCAUCAAUCAUUUCUAUUACCGCAGAAAUGUAACACUGAAAAUAAUUGCAUUAUAACAACAAUACAGAACUCUCUCAAUCACAAUAUUUAUUGUUCAGUGGAGAGAGAGGUUCUGUAUCUUGCUGCACUGAAGGAGUCUAAGGCGGCUGCAAUCCUACACGCUCUUACUAGAGCAGAGAGUUAGGGUGCUUCCAGAUUACCUGUUUUGUAGAGCGUUUGUCCUGAUGUGUUUGCAGGGAAAUUAGACGGCGUUGGCUAUUUAAUGAGCACCCACUCUUAUCUGCUUGGCAGGCAGCUCGACGGCCUUUGCAUUAAAGCAAGUGUCAUCCCACACUUUCCAACCCAUUUUUCCCAUCCGAAAGUCCAGUCUUUUGGAGAAGUGUUUAUUCUUUUCCCCCAACAAGCAGCAUAAAUCAGCUUGGACUGCGCAUCCUGAAUUUGCCAGUUAUGCGAUUGAAGUCUCUACCCCAAAAUAAAGAUAGUCUGGAAUAAGAAGGUGGGUGUCCACUGGUGUGGGAUUGUUGCUGCUUAUGCAUGCAAUUUUUGUGCAGCCUCCCAUCUACACAACAUUGUGUGUUGCUUCCAACAAAGUUUUACUCAGAGCAGAGGGAGAAAUCCAACUCAGUUCACAUUUAAAGACGAACAGUAGUGGAGCCGUCUUUUUAGGAAAAAAACAAACAUAGUUGGAGUACAGUGUUUUUAUGUUUUUUAAAUGGUGCAGUGUGUUCUGUUUACCUUUGGGGCUCAUACAGACUUCGUUUUGUGUUGCAUUUCUUGGCACAGGUUUUUGCUUUAAAGGGCUAUGUCCGAGCAAUUUUCUUUUUGCCCUGGUGCUUUCCCCGUGAAAACCUGCUCUUUACCACUGAAAACCCAAACUGAUGUUUGUUCCGAUUGAACGUCAAAGAGCAGGAAUUCGCAGGCAAAACUCUGAGGCAAAAAAGGUGCUCAGACAUGACACUUUAAGGCAUGGAUCUCUGCCUAGAAAGUGCUGCAAAAGGUGAGCCCUUGGUGGGUUUUUUAAUGUGUCGUUUUAGCAAUGCUUCCUCCCCCAUUUUCAGACCUUUUGUUUUUCAGUUGGAAAUUGAUUAACGGAAAAAUCUUACUUAUGCUUUACUGGAGUAAAUUCUUUUGUUGCCCGUGAAGUUAGUUAUGUAGUGAUGAGAGGGGAAUCUGUUGGUUUCAGUUUCUCUGAGCUUCUCGUUUUCCUAGUCUUCAGUUCACCAUACAGGACUUCAUUAUCACUUCCUCUGGCUCUAAUACGGAAUCCAUAUUUUACAGUGCAACCCUAUACAGUACAGUGGUACCUCGGGUUACAUACGCUUCAGGUUACAUACGCUUCAGGUUACAGACUCUGCUAACCCAGAAAUAGUGCUUCAGGUUAAGAACUUUGCUUCAGGAUGAGAACAGAAAUUGUGUUCCGGCGGCACAGCAGCAGCAGGAGGCCCCAUUAGCUAAAGUGGUGCUUCAGGUUAAGAACAAUUUCAGGUUAAGUACGGACCUCCGGAACGAAUUAAGUACUUAACCCGAGGUACCACUGUACAGAUAGAUGUAUGUUCCUAUGAGUUCAAUAGGGCUUACUCUCAAGUAGAUAGGCAUUAUAUUGCAGCCUAGGUUACCUUUGAAAUCAUUAUUGACAGAGUAACAUCUUCAUUUCUUGGUUAGUAAAAAAAACUUUUGCCCCCCCCCCUCAACCUGGACCCCAAACAGCAAGAAAAGGGCACAGUGAUUUAUUUUUGAGAUGUUACACAUAUCAAAGGUUUUCACACUGUCCCUUUCCUGAAAUACAUCUGCCACAACGUCUGGCAGUUGGCAUUUCUAAAUCUUGAACAUGUUCUCAAGCCAAGCUGUGGUUUUCCACAAAUCUGCUGAGUCAAAGGUUCAAAGAUAAAAAGAAAAAUAACAGAAUGAGAACAGAUGCCCCCCCCCAAUCUCUCUUUUUUGCCUUGGAUGAAGUAACCUAAAAUUGUAGCUGCCCCGGUGCUUCUCUGCUCAUGAUACAAUUUCUUCUUCCUUGGCGACCACUUGUGGCUAAGUAAGAUGGUCUUCCAUGAACAGAGUCUUAACAGUGAGUCCGUAAGUGACUGUGGAGGCCAAUUUUGGAUCCACAUGUCCUUCCACAAUGGGGACAUAGGUUUCCGGAUGGGAGUUGAUCAUGAUGAGGGUUUGCCAAGCGUGCCUUCCUCUUCACACGUUUCUCCCUUUCGUCUUGAGUUUGAGCGUCUUCAAAGUCCAUGACAUCUUUGGUAAAGGCUGUUCUCCAGAUGGAGCGCUCGCAGGUCAGUGUUUCCCAAUUGUCGGUGUUUAUACUACAUUUUUAAAGGUUUGCCCUGGGGGAGUCUUUAAACCUUUUUUGUUGACCACCAGCAUUACGCUUUCCAUUUUUAAUUACGCCAAUAAGGAGUCCCGUUCCAGCCCCAGGCAUUUACUGAAUUCCCAUGGUUAUGACAUGUUUAGUCCGAAAGGGAGUUUACACGUGUAGAAGUGAAUCCCAACUUGGGGGAAAUGUGGAAUAUAAAUACAUCAAACAAAGAAACAAACAUUCCCUCAUUUCUGGCAGGAGACACUUGAUUUAGAAUGCUUUAUUUCCCCCAAAGUUCAGACUUUUUGCAAUGAGGAAGGUAAUAGGGGAAGCGUGGGGUGACCCUUGCUUUGACACAAGAUCAUCUAACUGUGCCUUUAUGCUAAUGUCUGAAGUGUUGAGGAUUAUAUUUCAGUGUUAUCUGAGGAAGUGGAUUCUGGUUCAUGAAAACCUUUGCCAUAAUAAAUCUGUUCACCACAAGACUCUUUGUUGUUUUUACUGCAAUAGACUGAACGUGGCUACUCUUCCAGAAAACAAUUUUAUUGUUUUUGGGGAGGUUCACACUGGACUAGCCGCAAUCCUCUUUUUAAUAAAAUACUUUGUUCAUUUAGAGUAGCAGCUGCAAUAUGAUCUGAAUAUAAUGCAAAUGCAAGCCUUUAUUGAGAGAAGCACUCUGCAGGGAGACUCAUGCUCUGGGAAUGACAGAGAAACAUUUUGUAAUCCAGGAAAGUCAAGUAAAGUGCAGAUAUUCCAAUCUUAAGCAUGUUGUAAUUCAGAAACUCCGUGGGAUAGCUGCAGACUCUUGUCUGCGGUCCACACUGUUUAAAGAAUCAGACGUGCUUGGAAGAGACUCUGAUUAAGUUGAUCAUUUAAUCAGUGUCUAAGGGAGUUACUUGUUCCAGUCUGAGGCCGGUGGUGGUUCCAAUUAGACCUGGGCAAAUAAAUUCUGUAAAUGAAUCAAACAUCUGGCUACUCCUACUACCAGGGCAUAACUAAGGUAGGGGCAUAGAAUCCGUCAGUUUUGGGUUUUCCUGGUUCCUCAUUUCCCCCAUCUUUAAUUCCAUUCUCUACAUUUCCACAUCAGUUUGUGAUUUAUAUAUUUUUUACGAAUCCCUCAAGAAAAUUCAUCAGCACCCAAGUGUGAAUUUCUCCUGGCAUACAUGUUUGUAUGCAGUUUUGCCUAUUGUACACUUUUUCCAAAGCAACUUCCCCGAAUACAGCCAUACUUUGGUUUUCAAACAGCUCAGUUCUCGUACAUUUUGGCUCCCUAACGCCGCAAACCCAGAAGUGACUGUUCUGGUUUGUGAACUAUUUUUGGAAGCCGAACAUCCGAUGGGGCUUCUGCAGCUUCCGAUUGGCUGCAGGAGCUUCCCGCAGUCAAUCAGAAGCCACGCUUUGAUUGCCGAACGUUUUGGAAGUCAAAUGGACUUCCGGAACGGAUUCCGUUCGACUUCCAAGGCACGACUGUACAGUGGUACCUCGGGUUAAGUAUUUAAUUCGUUCCGGAGGUCUGUACUUAACCUGAAACUGUUCUUAACCUGAAGCACCACUUUAGGUAAUGGGGCCUCCCGCUGCCGCCACGCGAUUUCUGUUCUCAUCCUGAAGCAAAGUUCUUAACCUGAAGCACUAUUUCUGGGUUAGCAGAGUCUGUAACCUGAAGCGUAUGUAACCUGAAGUGUAUGUAACCCGAGGUACCACUGUAUAUGCAUUUCUCUCCAUGUUACUUGGCUGGAGAACCCCAUUGCAACAUUCAGAAACGGGUGAAUUUGAAAGAAUGGCUGUGUUUCAGUUCUCAAUCUAGUUUGGAAAGUGAGAAUUAGGUAGGUUUACCUAUAAAUGCAAACUGAAUCAAAUUUCUCUCCCAUUCCUACUGGUGCCAUUUUAUCACAUUCCCCACCUCUCCAGGGUUGCAAGAAUCAAGUAAUUUACCAACCUAUUAGGUUUUUAAAAUAAAAAAUAAAAAUAUCAGGACUGGAACUGGUUAUUUUGUUAAAGAAACAAGCUAUUUUGACUCAGGGCGGGGUGGAUUCAGGAAUGCUGCAACUGUAUCCUGCAUUGCAGAUCCUGCUCUGAGCAGUUGGGGGGGGGCUUUUCAACUUGAUGGCCUCCGAUGAACCUUCAAACUAUGAUUCUGGCAAGUAUCCACGCCAUACAUUUAAAACACCCUCCCAAAGAAUUCUGGGAGCUGUAGCUUACAGAACUGCUAUUUCAAGUACCCUCAAUAAACUACAGUUCCCAGGAUUCUUUGAAGGAAAGGCGUAUGCUUUAAAGGCGCUUUACAUUUAUUUUACUUUUAACAAUUUCAAAAGAUUUAUAUGCCGCUUGGUUGUAAUAAAACCUCAAGGCGGUUUACGAAAAGUAUAAAAUAAUCACAUUAUUGGUAAAAAGCUGCUUCAGGUUGAGCGCUUUCGGGUUACACUCCGUGGCAACCCGGAAGUCACGGAACGCGUUACUUCCGGGUUGCGCCGCUUGCACAUGCGCAGACGGUCAAAAUGAUGUCACGUGCAUGCACAGAAGUGGUGAAUCACGACCCACACAUGCGCAGACGCGGGUUGCAUUCGCUUCAGGAUGUGAACGGGGCUCCGGAACGGAUCCCGUUCAUAUCCAGAGGUACCACUGUAUAGUGUAUAUAUACCUACAGUCAUACCUUGGAUCCUGAAUGCCUUGGCUCCCAAACAAGUCAGCUCCUGAACGAUCAAAACCCAGAAGUGAGUGUUCCAGUUUUUGAACAUUCUGUUGGAAGCCGAAUGUCCGACGGGGCUGCUGCAGCCAAUCAGAAGCCACGCUUUGGUUUCCGAAUGCUUUGGAAGUCGAAUGGACUUCCGGAACAGAUUCCGUUCGACUUCCAAGGUACGACUAUACAAACAUUAUACAGGCCUGCCUAAACAACAGUGUUUUUAGCCGGUGCUGAAAAGAGUUCAGUGAAGGUGCCUGCCUAGUAGCAAGCAGGGAGAUCCUAAGGGUGGGUGCCUCCACACUGAAAGACCAACUUCUUACAAAUGCUGAAUGAAUAUUAUGUUGCACCUGUAACAGAGCCAGUUCCACAGAAUGAGUGGGCCUAUAAAGGGUGGCUGUGACCAAGGCCAGAGUGGGGCUGUUUAGGAUGACCUGAGUGUGCAGCCCGAUUUGUUUUGCAUCGACUGUUUUAUUAAGCAUUCCUUAUGAUUUAUUUUCAGAGAGGUUAGCAGACAUUGCCUCAAGCAAUUAUUCUUCUGCAUCUCUCCAUCACUUAUCACAACUGGUCUGUUUCGGGGGGGGGGAGCAGGUUUGUUGCCCAAGAGACCAAGGCAACUUAAACUGCAUGCCCUGGGGUGUGUCUGCCUUCUGGAAGAAGGUACAGGGUUAGAAAGACUAGGACUAGCUGCCUAAGAAACAGUUUCUAUCCAAAUGCAAUUUUGGUUUUAAAUGCAGUGUAAGAUAGUCUCUAUGGGAGUAUAUUGUAUUUAAUUAUGGGGUAUCAGAGUUUUUAGGGGGUCAACCAGGCUGGGAUAGCAGGCUUGUUAGUUUUUGAAUGUCUGAUGUAGAUUUUUUUCAAUUUCGUUGUUCUGUAUGGGACAAUGACAAUAAAGAGUAUCGUAUCGUGUGAUUCCCGCCUGAAAAUAGUGACAGUCUUGGAAGCACCCUAGAUUCCCAUAUCUGGUGGGUGGAGGGAAGAGCGCUGCACGGUAGCUCCUGAAUUGACUAGAAGGCAAUGAAAGUAUUUAUGCCAGCAUGGUGGGGAACUGGGGGGGGGGGGCAGAGAGGUGAGGCUUUUAAUAUGGGGGAGGCAGCCCAGCCUGUGGUAAGUUAGUUCCAGGUUAGGGGCUGGAUAUCCAAUGGCUGGAAAAUUGCCAUUCUCCCCGUUGAGGUAUUACUUGACCCUGUCGAGAGCGGGGGCUUGUUUCCGGCAACACUUGGCCCCUCCUGGGUUUAAUUUGGCAUAGCAGCAAAAGGAGAUGAAACGGAGAUACGCCGUUGGGAGCCAAGAACCAUAUAUCCUCAAACGAGGGGAGUUCACGCCAAAAAUGCUGACAUCAUGGAAAAGGAUGUCACACGAGAGCCGAAGCCUUGGGAGAAAGCAGGAGAGGGGAAGAGGCUGGCCUUUAGGCCAACAGGAAGCCCUGCUGCUUGACGUUUGUUUAAGUAAAGACACAUGACAAAAUAAUGUAUCCACCUAAUCCUGGAAAAACCACAAACGCUUUUAUUUUGCUCUUCUGGGAGGGGGCGGGAUGAACUGGUAGCAUGGAAGCCUCAGAAAGAGCAAAGGGAAGGUGGCCAAAAUUGGGGAUUCUCCAUAUCUCCCCACUGGAAAAACAUCCAAAGAAGGCAAGGGGCUGUGAAUAGCUACUGAGAGCUGGUGUCAUUUGAUGGACAGUGUGUUGGGCUUGACCUCCAGAGACUUACUAGACAGCUUUGAGCAAGUGGCUCUCAGUCUCCAGCUGCCUUGUUCUCCAAAACUGCAAUUCCAUGCUGACUAGUUUUUCACAGAGCAUCCAGGCAAGGUCAUUAUCAGCCCAAAUGAAUUCUGGAGUUUUCUGUGUUUGCUCAACGUGGCAAUUGCACAACCAGCCCCGUCUUGUCUGAACAAAGCAAGUGUCAUUGAAUUUAUUUAUUUUUAAAAAAACAAACAUAUUUGAUUGGUUUUUGCAAAGGCAUGCAUGGCAAAUGAAUACAUCAACAUCUCCCCUCCUCCCUUGACAUUGAGGUUAUUAAAAACACCUUCACGCUUAAUUAGACAGUUCCUGUUUGCAGAUAUAAUCUGGUCGCUCAUAUUAGUCGUUUCCAGACAACCUGUUUAUUGUGCAUUCCUUCCUGAUUGUUUACACAAAAUACUGGGGGUGGGAUAGAUGGCAUCAGUUAUUUAUUGUGCAGUUGUUCUUAUUUGUUUGUGGGAAAGUUAUAUUUCAUUGCAUCAAGUAAUUGUUACCCAACAGUUUGCGGUAAAAUUUCCUCAUCACUUUAUUUGUUGCCAAAAACCCGGUUUGGGGGGGAAGCAGAAUUGUUUGCAUGACAACUCCCAAUCAAUUUUAACUGCCUAACUUGAAUUAGCUGGUAUGUGAACGAAGCCUACAUGAAAAUAUUGGUAGCCUGGAAGGAGCCAUUGCAUCAUCAGGAAACAAUAAAAUAGUCUGGACCUACAAGAAGGAAACUUUUAAUUAACAAUUCCAAGGACCUUUGCUGAAUGGGAACAUUAUCGGAGGAUCUUGGUCAUGGGGAAGGCCAUUUCUGGAUAAUAUAUAUUAUGUGUGGAACUUCUGUUCAGCUUCCACUUCCAGAUAAUUGCAGAAAUGCAGGGCCUUAGCAACGCUAGAGGACCUCAGCAGCCCAUGGAAGCAACCCCAGUUGCCCUGUGGAAAUAGCAAUCUCCUAGCUCACAUAGAUGCUUUCAGGCUGAUUGACCCAACAGAGGUUAAAGAAAGUUCUUUAGAAUGAUAAUAGGAAUCUGAGCACAAAAUCUGAAAAGUGCUUCACAGGGAACCUGCAGAAGCUGUGUUUCUUUGCAUUACAAAUAUGCAACAUAGAGUGCUAUUGUAAAGGUGGCGGUGAUGAAUAGAUUGGCUUUAAUAGAGUUGCACCAAAAAACCACACCAAAGCCCACUGUGAGGUUUUCAGUACUGCUGAAUAGAAAUCUACAAGGAGAUUGCCCAGGAAAUACAUUGAAAUUCUUCUCUCCGAAGGAGGCAUGCCAGGUUAUUUCUAUAUCAUAGCAGCAGCUUUAAAGGUUCUUUCUCCCCACUUCGGGUUUAGCGGGAGGCAAGGUAUCAGGGUGGGGAGACAGGAGGUUUCAUAGCAAAUUUCAUCAGAUUACUUGGCUACCCUGAAGAUUAACCUGGGGAGAAAGGAAUUACCGGUAUGUUAAAACAACUUCCACACCAUACAUCUCUCUCCCCCCCCCAAAGAAAAAUCCUGAAUGCUGUAGUUUGUUAAGGGUGCUGGGAAUUGUAGCUCUGUGAAGGAUAAUCUAUGGUUCCCAUGAUUCUUUGAGGGCAGCCAAGUGCUUUAAAAUAUAUGGAUGUGAUUAUUGUGGUGACUUUUGAAAAAUCACUUCCCCUGUUUCAAGUGUUCAAAGUAUGAGUUGCCAUUGCUUAUGUUGCCAAAGUGGGAGGCAUCAGCAGGCUUGAAAGCUGCCUCAUAUGGAGUCAGACUGCUGGUGCAUUUAGCUUGGUUUGGGGCAGCCGGUGUGCAGGGGUGCACUUUGGUAAUAUUUAGUAAUACGGCGCCUUGGGUGAGGCCAAAUUUGGCUCCCCCAAAUGGAUCUUCUCAGUUAUGGAUCUUCUCAAUUUUGCGCCACCUCGGCUUGCUGCCCUGUGCGGGUGAACCACCCACACUGCCCUCAAUUUGGUGUUCUUCAGAGAUGUAGAACUACAACGCCCAUCAGCCCCAGCCAAAAUGGCCAGUGGUCAGGAGCGUUGGAAGCUGUAGUCAAGGAACAUUUGGCAGGUGCCAUGAUAGCAGCCUGGGCAAAAUCAGAUAGGCGGUCUUUCCCAGCCCUAGCUAGAGAUGGAGAGGAUUUAACUUCCAGAGACCUUCUGCAGGCAAGGUUUGCGGUAUCCAGAUUUACAUAUAAGCUAAACAAGCUAUAGCUUAGGACACUACUCUCUUGGGCACCCCCCAAAAAAUUAAAGGGGGAAAAACUGGAUGUACAUUUCCAAAAAUAUAAGAUUAAAAAAACCAAAUAAAAUAAAACCCACAUACAGCAACAGUGUUUUGUGUUGUGUAGGCUCCUACGAUGUAAGUAAUGGGCCCCGCCUGCUCCCUAAAAUAUCACUGCUUUACUCAUUUCUAUAUAUAGGAUGCCUACAUUCUGCAUGGCAACAUGUUCAAAUGGCUUUAGAUACCUAUUAGGUCCAUAAAUUACCAUACAGCAUAUAUUCAACACAAAAAGCAGCGACAAUUUGUCGUUGACGAAGGACAGCUGGACAUAUAAAGGGCCCCAUUACCUUCAGUAGCUUAGGGCCUCAUCAAACCUAAAUCUGGCCCUGGGUAUGCCCCCUCAGCUCUUCCCAUUCAGUUUAAAAGGCCGGGAAAGUUUUGAGGGUGAUUCCCUUCCCACAGACAUUUCUAAAUGGCACCUCUGCUACUCUGGAUCGAUUUGUGAGCUGAAGCCAUAAGCCAUCACACCCUGCAUGCUUGGAGAAGGUGAUGCAACAUAUGUGUAACGAAUUAGUACAGAGCCAGGCCUGUGUACAAAAAUGGGUGGAGGAGGGGGGUGGCAGUCAUGUGGAUAGUGGGGGGGGGGAGCCGCUUUUAGCCAUGAUUUAUGCUUCCCGUACCCCCUCCUGGGGUGGCAAUGUCUCCAACCACCUGGCCUCUGGGAUGCGAAAGAAGUGUCAAAGUGUAAAAUCUAAUAAACAUGUGAGGGGCGGAUCAGCCCCUCCAACUUCCACAUCGUAGGGCUGGGAGAAUUGAAUUUCUUAUUUCAGUAUAACCCCCCAGCCCAGCUUUAUCUAAGUUUGCUUUAAGCGCUGUGCUGUUGAUGUGUCAAUCUCUAAAGCAGGAUGGGUCCCAAAAACGCCCCGAUUAAUUUCUUGGCUGCGUUUACAUAACUGCACUGGCUUAAAACAUAGCAAGGUUGUGUGUUUUUUUCUCAGUUCGAACUGGAGCUGGUUUGUUAUGUUAAUAAUAAUUUUUAUCAUUUAUACCACGCCCAUUUGUCUGGGUUUCCCCAGCUACUCUGGGAGUCUUACAGCAUAUCUGAAAACAUCAAGCAUUAAAAACCUCCUGAUACAGGGUUGCCUUUAGAUGUCUUCUAAAAGUCGUGUAAUUCUUUAUCGCCUUGACAUCUGAAGGGUGGGCAUUCCACAGGGAAGGUGCCACUACCGAGAAGGCCCUCUGUCUGGUUUAGUGUGGGAAACACCUCAGAAUGCAGUACUUCAUAAGAAAUUAUUGGAUAGAUGUGGAUUAUGGCUAAAGUUGUGUGACUUAGGGAAAGGAGAUAGAUAAUUCCCUUUUUCCCCACAUACAAGAAGAUAUGGGGUGAGGGCAGCAGCAGCAAAAGUAAUUUUUAUCUUGCACGGUGAUAGAGUUUGAGCCAUCUCUUACAUCUUCCCCCAAACCCUUUGGGAAGGGUCUGUUUCUCCCAGUCUGUGGGGAAAAGUGCCCCACGCAGGGACUAAGAUCUCUUUCACAGCCAGAACUUGAAAGGAAAUUCAUUCAUUCCCAAGAAAGCUAUAGUGUAAGGGAGCAUGAGAUAAAGCAGCUUCAAAUGCCAAAGUCCCUUGAAUCAACACUACUAACAGAAAUGGAAAUCUACUUGCUGGUGGUGGGAUGGAGAUGUUUUAAAUGAGUUACUUUCUAAGAGAGAGAAAUUACAGGGGUUCAUGUAAAACGAGGAUCUGCCAUGAAAAUUACAAGUUGACCUUAGGUCAGUCACUCUCUCUCUGUUGCAGAUGAAUCCACCUAACAGGCUUGCUGUGAUUAUAAAAUUGAGGAGUGUGUGCGCAUAUAUAUAUAUAUAUAUAUAUGCCUCCUUGAAGGAAAGUUGAACAAUAAAGUUGGAACCUUUCUAAAAGUUGUGCCCUCUCCCUCACCUGUUGUUUCAGGUUUGCAUGAACUUUCAUAGUUACAGAGUGGUGUGCAAAUAGCGCUCUGUCCAUGCUCAGUGUCCCUUUCAUUCUUAUUAUUGCAUCAUGUGUCUCCAGGCUGAGCCUUUGCAAAAGAGUUUCAUGUUUGGAACACUACCUUUGAAAACAGCUUUGGGGGCUAAAUUCUUGGGAGCGGUUGUUGAAUGACUGCCCUGGAACAGCGCUCCGGCCUCUUGAGUUAAAACCAAACAAGGAAGGCUUUCAAAAAUAUAUGUGCGCAGAUCAGCUUUUGUCUGGGUGGUUUCCAGGAGAUGCCAGAAAUGCUCCUUUGGUUGCUGGUUGCAUUUGUAUCGAGCCCAGACAGGCUGCACCCGUUUGGUUGUGUGAAUUGAGUUGUGUGAAUUGGGCUUCAGCAGAUAUCAGAUAGUACCUAAUGCUUCCCGUUCCCUCACCCCACAGAAAUUUGAGUUCCCUUGUUUUGCAGAAACUUGGGGGGUUAGUUGGCAACGCUGCAUCCUCACAUCCCUCCCUAAAACAACAGCUUUUCUUUUGUGUUUGACAAAUGAUUUAUUGAAGUUCCAGAUGUUUUCGAAACCCCUUUUUCCCAAUUUGUCAAAAUAGCCUUUGCUACUGGAAGGAGCGGGGUGCAGGAGAAGGAGCUGUAAUAAUAAUAAUAAUAAUAAUAAUAAUAAUAAUAAUAAUAAUAAUAACAACAGGAAGAAUAAAUUGGUUCCUUCUCUCUCUUUAGUGGCUGUGCCAGUUUUUCAACCAUAAUGAUAGAGCCGCCAACAUCCGCCCACACCCCAGACUCAGCUUUUAAGUGUUUUUUUCCCCUUCCCUGCCCCUCCAUGGCAGGUGUGAAGACAGAACGGUUGUCAGUGGGGAUGUUUAGAGUUUCAGAGAGGGGCGUAAAAUCGAAUUUGGGACGUUUCGCCCUUUGCAGUGGAAAGGGAGAGGGACGGCUUUUAUGCGGAGCAUUUGAAGCAUGCAAAAAAGAACAGAACAGCAGUUGUACUGGUCGAGACUAAUGGGGAAUACCUGAGAUUCAUUCCUUUAAAAAGAGGGGGACUCACUCCAGUAGCAGCAGCAGCAGCACACAACACAGCUUGAAAACCACACUUCCUGACACACACACACACACACACACACACACACACACACCCCAGCCAAAGAGUGUAGGAAGCAGUUGUGUUUCCUGCCUGGCAAUGGAAAUGCACUCUGCACAUGCUCAGAGACAUUUCGCCUCUGGUUUUCUUUCUUUCUUUCUGCUCCUCCUGCUUCCAUUUAGCUUGCGAGCACUUGGGGGCCAGUGAUUGCUUUUUCAUGUCGUUUGCUGGUUGGAGUGUUGGGUUAGGACCCAGGACACCAGAAUGUAAAAAUCCCCAUUCAGUCAUGAGGGGGGACUUUGGGCCAGUUGGUGUCUCUCGGCCUAACAUACCUCGCAGAGUUGUUGUGAGGAUGAAAUAGGGAGCAGAACCAGGUGCACCACCUUGAGCUCAAGGCAAGGCCUGCAUGAUGCUACAAAACUGCCGAAACUGAGUGGGUCUUUGGGGCUAGUCAGUGCCUGUCUGGAAAACUCCAUCUUAAGUUCCCUCAUGGAAGAGGAGCAAGGCAGAAAAGGAACAAAUGAGAAAUUGUUCAAUACAAAGUAAAUCAGCUCCUGCCAGCCAGUGUUUCAUGGCCAUUAAACUAGUAGAGGAAGAUCAUCUCUGUGUCCCUUUGCUGGGAGACGUGCACUGUAAGGUCUUGUUGUAUGCGCUGUGCAGGAAGGAGGGAGACCCGCACUCGGGGCUGAUGAGAAGCAAAUAACUGAUUGAUUCGAUUUACUAUAUUCCUGUGCUGCUUUUCAUUCACACGACUCGCAAAGCAACUUGCAAACAAUAAAUAACAAUGACAUAGUAGAACAUCACAAAUACAACACAAAUUGUAUCGAAUAAUGAACAAAUCAUCAGCAAACAAUUAAAAUUUAUAUAAAAAAGAAACUAUUAACGGAGCAACUAAAAAAACAAGCUAAACAAGCACACUUCCACUUUCUUUGGUGUAUCUUAUACAGCUCUGUUAUCACAAGCACCAACUAGCGAUGUCAAUUGGAACUGCGAUUACUUUUCAACUCAGACCCCACAUAUUACAUUUACACUUUGGGGCUUCUUGGUGGUGGCUCUCCGCUUGUGAAAGUAUUUUUGAUUGAGAUGCUUCUGUCAGUUUUUUUAGCAUGUAAAGACUUAUCCAUUUGCUCAGGCAUUUGCGUAGCAUCAAGAGCAUUUACUGACUGAGAGUAUGGCAGCUUUUGUAAUCUUGUGUUUCUUGCCGCUGCUCUAAUUGUGAUGUGGAUUAAUAGUUUUGAUUGCUUUUAGCUGAUUUUGUAUCCUUGUGUAUUGUCACCUAAGUGUUGUAUGCUACUGGAAUCUAUUAGGGACCUAGAAAUCUGCCUUGUACUGAAUCAGGCUGCUUCCAGACAACCUGUUUAUCGAGCAUUUAUCCUGAAUUCUUUUUGCAAGGAGAUUAGAUGGCACUGGCUAUUUAAUAAGCAUUCAUCCUAAUUUCUUUGUAAGGAAGUUACAUUGUUACUCUGGCAUGGAUGCUUUAGCUGGGCUUGAACCUGUGACUAUUUGCAUACAAAAUACAAAUGCAACCACACUGAGCCACAGCCAUGAUGAAAGUUGAGCUGUAGAUAUGCCAAAUAAAUAAAUAAAUAAAAUUCGGUGGGAUGACUGCCGAGUGCUUGCUUUUAAGUGUGACUAAAUGCGGUUUGAUUAUAUUCAUAUUUAAUCCAAUUAAAUCACUGCAGACGGAUUAGGUGUUAUUUAUGUUCUGGCUGUUCUGAAUAUCUCUCUAUCUGUCUGUCUCUCUCUCUCUCACACACACACACAGACAAACACACACAAUGGUGUACUUUAGGGUCCCCUGGUCACCCCAUUUCUGGCUAGAGCCUGGUCAUCCAAUUUCAGGAAAGUUAUUGCAGAGCAGACUCCUACUCAUUACUCUCUUGGGAUUUUUGGGUGUGUUUUUUUAAAUCCACGUGGAUGGCCAGUUCCAACACAUGUCAGACCCCUAGACCUCCAUGGGAGAAAUUACAAAAGCAAUCCUUGCUGAAGAGGGGAAGAUUAUGGGGAUGGGGGUCCAACCGUGCCUGGGAACAAGGAACUGCCUGCCAGUCAGUGAGAAGGAGCCACACACACUGCAGGAGACAGAAGAGACCUCCCUGGUGGCUGAGGAAUGCUCCGCAAUCAAAGCCCCCCAGGCAAUUAGUGAUUAGUGUGUGUGAGGGGGGAGAAAUCAGAGACAAGACAGAGGCAUCACUUUCCUCUCUUCCAAGGAUUAUCCCCUAUCAAGGGAGAAGAAACAGGAGAUCAGGCUUCUAGGGUCGCCAGACCUCCAUCAGCGCCUCAGCCCAUCCCAUAAUUGACUGUCUCACUUGAAUCUCAAACCUUAUUCAGGACUGUCAUAAAAUAAAAUAAAAACACACCCCAAAGCAGUCAAUCACAGAUUUCACAGUUUGUGGCUUAUAGUGUCUUCUCUAAUCCCCACACAUUGCGUGUUUUUACAAAAAUGACACACUAAAAGUGCAUUUAGUAUCUCCUAAAGGUGUUUGGUUAGACGAGGAUAACCGUGUUCUUCCAGGGGUCCAGUUUGGGAAUCUGGAAAGUUCAUUAACUCUGGAUUUUUGCCAGGUAUUACCCAUCAAAUGACCUGUUGGAUAUUGCUGUAGUUUAGGGUUCGUGAUUUUGCCUUACAGUCUUGCUCUUUCCAGAUUCCAUCCUAGCUCUGUUCCAGCCCUCCAGACCUGCGAAGUUUUGCCCUGGCUCCUGCUGGUUCCACUCCCUAACCAAUCAGCUUCUGCCUUUGUUCCGGGGGGGGGCAUGUGUCCUACUAUUUGGCCUCCUGUUUGAAAGGUUGAAGAACCCCCAGAAAGGCGAGCAGGAGGGGUCUUGAAGUUUCCCAUUAAAAGUUAGCAGCACCAGGGCAGCAAACUGAGAAGGCACAGAGGACACUAGGUCACAAUCUCCCUCACUAUGCUGUAUUUUAUUUCUAUUUAAAUGAUGCCUGUUAUUUCUAACUUUGCAUCUGUACACAUGCAAAUUUUGUGCAAAUGUGUCAACUCUUGGGGUGGGUAUAUUUUCUCAUUUUUUGGCUGUGCAUUCAAUGGUAACCCUGCCAGCUUCCUACAAGCCCUGCCCUCUGAUCAGCCAGCUGUUGCCCUGAUUCUUCCUCUGACCUCUCCCGCAGGUUGUUUCCAGCUGGCAUGGUUAUAUGGUCAGCAUCUCUAAAUUAAAAAGUUGGCAGCUUUACUUCUUUUUGCAUGUACGAAUGGCUGCAAAAUGCGGUAUGGACACAUGUAAAGAAGGAAUCCCGUAAGAGCAGAUGUGCUCUGCCUGGAAAGCAUUAUUAGUCUUCCCUCGGCCUGGAUUGCCAAGAAUGGGGAACCUGUGGCCCCCCAAGAUGUUGUUUGGACUCCAGCACCCAUCAUCAGGCCCAGCCAGCAUGGUUAAUGGCCAGGGACGGUGGAAUAUGUAGUCCAGCAACAUCUGGAGGGCCGUACUGAGCAAGUUAGGAAGCACUAGAUAGAAUUACAAUGAUAUCAUCUGUGAGUUAGGUGUGGGUGUAUCUGGAACCCCUAAGAUAUAUCUUCACUGGGUCUUUGGGUGCAAGUUAUGUCACAGCUGGAGAUUUAAAUAUUGGUAGUGAUAUGUGGAUGGUACAUGUCAAAACUUGUCAAAUGAAUGUGUUUUGUGUGUUGCUUGCCUUUAUUUAAAAACAACAAAACACACACACACACACACACACACACACACACACACACACAAUGACAAAUAAUGAACAAUGACAGCCAGGCACAAUCUGGUUCACAUUAAUCAACAAGCUGGUGUUAGGCAUAAGAAUAAGCCAGCCAAGACCCCCUGUGUUGCGAACACAAAAAUCUGGGGUUAUGCCUAUCUGAGCGUCGCUACCCUGCUACUGCCUCUGGAGCUCCGACUUCUUUCAGCAUGUUCACUGCUAAAUAUAUGAAUAAGUCAUGAAUAUAACCAGGCAUAUCCGUGCUGUGGUUUGGACUUUAUACUUAUUUUGGAAGGCAUGUUGCCUCAAGCUUGAAUCAUUCUCUGUUUGAUAGACCAUCGAAAAAAUCCCCUACUUUGGGAAAUUCUCUGAAGUCACAUUAGUUGGUGUUACCUUGUAUAUAUUGUAUGCCACUUGACUCUGAAUGAAGAUACAAUUUAGUCGCUAUAUAAAGUGUUGUAAUCAAAUUAUUAGCCUGUCGUGUUGCUUUUAGGUUGCCAUAAGAAUAAGCCAGGCAGCAUUUCCUUCUGGUUUUAACCCUGAGGGACGAAGGUGGUGCUGUGGGUUAAACCACAGAGCCUAGGACUUGCUGAUCAGAAGGUCAAGCGGUUCGAAUCCCCGCAACGGGGUGAGCUCCCGUUGCUCAGUCCCUGCUCCUGCCAACCUAGCAGUUCGAAAGCAUGUCAAAGUGCAAGUAGAUAAAUAGGUACCGCUCUGGCAGGAAGGUAAACGGCAUUUCUGUGCGCUGCUCUGGUUCUCCAGAAGCGGCUUAGUCAUGCUGGCCACAUGACCCGGAAGCUGUACGCCGGCUCCCUCAGCCAAUAAAGCGAGAUGAGCGCCGCAACCCCAGAGUCGGCCAUGACUGGACCUAAUGGUCAGGGGUCCCUUUACCUUUUUAAGGAUCAAUAAGGAACACAGAGAAAAUUGAAAAUCUGACCUAUCCUAACCCACAGACGAGGACUCCUCGAUCCCUAGGUUUGGUCGUUGCUAAAAGAAGCCUGCCGCUGCCCCAUAGAGAGGGGACAAAUUUUUCUCCAUUUCCUCUCACCCUCCAUACUUUUUUUCUGCCCUGAAGUGCAAUGGUUGUGGCCUCCUUGGGGAACUAACAUGUUUACUCAACCCCCAGCUGUGCUGGCACGCAGGGAAAAUUGAGAAUUUUGGCUUAUCAUAAUCCCACAAAUUAGCACUCCUUGAGCAGUCAUUUAUUUUUGGACGCACACCGCUCUCAAGUUAUACCCUCCUCUCUCUCCACACCCACACCCACACACUAAUAACCAGAUGCAACCCCUCAUUGCUUAUUACCUCCUCCCUUUAUUUCUCUCCCCCACCCCCAGCCCUUGGGACUGGGUUAAUUCCCAUUCGUGCCUCUACUGUGAAAAGGGGGUUUAAAGUUAGUUUCUCAUGCUCAUUAAAUUCUCAUCUAUUUGGCUCUUUGGGCCUAGUUUCUAGAUUGAAGCGGGUCGUUGAGAUAUGUGUGUGUGUGAAUUAUUGUUCCAUGAAUGAUCACAGAGCAAAGAACAGGUGCAGCAGCAACUUGCAGGGUGUGUGUGUGUGCGCGCACACAAAUUCACCUCCCUACUAGUGAUUACCAAGGAGUGGCCACCCGCAGGGGCAUCCUAUUUUGGGGCUUCUACAAAUACCCUGUUUAUUUAGCAGUAUCAUACCGCUUUAAGCAGUCCUGGCUUCCCCCAAAGAAUUGUGGGAAGUUUGUUAAGGGUGCCGAAGAGUUCUCAGGAGACCACAGAUCCCCCUCACAGAGCUACAAUUGACAGAGUAGUUUAACAGUCCUCUUCGCAGGGAAUUCUGGGAACCGUAGCUCCAUGGGUCACAUUUUCCCAGUGGCAAAAUAUUGUACUUUGAACACUAGGAAAAUGUGGCAUUUUGCAAGAGGAGUGAGAUGUUGGGGGGGGGCUUUAGAUUGCAUGCAGCAGAAUAACAGCCUCACAUUUAUUGCGUUUUACAUAUAGUAGUCCUUAAGAGGAUGAGAGAGAGAAAAAGUGGGGAAAGGAUGGAAUUGGGCCCCUGUGGGCAUCCUUUUCAUGGUGAAUUUGCGCUCAUGAUGGUAUCAGGUGGUCAUACACAAUCCCACUUUCAAAACUGUUUGCACCUGCAUAAGUUUUGGGGCAGACAUACUGCUCUGUUUCCAAUCCAUGCAUGUCCCAUAGCUUCCUGCUGAAAUCCUGCAGCUAAUUAUACCAGAAAUGUUCCAAUCAUUCCUGCCUCUGGCUUUUGUUGUGCUAUUGUGCAUGGGCUUAGCCGGGGGGAGCAGCUACCCCCCAAUCAAUAAAAACCAAUAAAAUACAUAGCAAACUGAGGUUCUGCCCCCUCCAACAAAAGGCCUGCCCCCCCACAAAAAUCCUGGCUACGCCCAUCCUAUAGAGUACCCUCCCCCAGAUGGCAAUGGCAUGAUAACUUUGGGGGAGCAUCACUGCAUAUCCUUACUCCCACAGAGCCUGAGAACAAAGACUACAGCCACCACCCUUCCAAGGUGGCAAAUUUGUAGUUCAAUAGCCUCCCAUGUGAUCUAAAGUUAAACACCUCAUCAGAACUAGCAAAGAACAAUGAUAGUUAAUUAUCAACCCAUCUAGGAGCUCAGAAAGCUUAAUAUAACUCCUGGGAAAUCCCCAGGUUAAAGCCUUCAGCAAUACACAUUCAGGUAUUCUCCAUUUCUGUGUGAAUUAAGCAAUUAUACAUAACAAUUGUGACCUUUUCUUCUUCCCUGAUUGUCAACAGCAGUCCAACUACAACCAUUAUCUCCCUCCUUCUUUUCCAGGUGAUGUAUAGUUAGCUUUCGACUCUUGGCUCAUUCCCCUCCUGCCCCCCUAGAGAUGCUUCACUUCCCAUGGGGCUUUGCAGUUUUCCUCCCAUUCCUCCUGGGCCUGGCGUCGGACCCUCGCGAUCCCUGCUACGAUGCCAACCAUCACCCGCACUACUGCCUCCCUGAACUCUCCGAAGUGGCCUCGGGGCGCCUGGUGGAAGCAUCCAGCACGUGCGGGAACCCUCCCGGACGAUUGUGCACCUUCCGGGACUCCGCCGACCCAGCCUCAAAAUUCUGCCAGCGCUGCAAAGAAAACGCCCACUUGCCAGAGUUCCUCACCGACGCCGAGGGCAGCGCCACUUGCUGGUGGUCCCAGCCGGCGGCUAACGCCACACUGACUUUGGCUCUAGGGCGCCGGGUGGAAGUUCUCUACGUGGCUCUGCGGUUCUGCUCCCCACGGCCAGAAUCCCUUGCAAUUUACAAGUCGAUGGACUACGGGCGCACCUGGGUGCCCUUCCAGUUCUUCUCCACCCACUGCCGGCGGCGUUACCAUUUGCCACCAACCACCGCCAUCCUGAAGGCCAUGGAGCACGAGGCGGCUUGUGUCGAAGCCCAAACGGCCCCCAAGCCUCUGACUGGGGGGCUGGUGGCCUUUAUGCCCCUGGCAGGCCGUCCCUCUGCCAGGAUGUUUGAGUACAGCCCCGUGCUCCAGGACUGGGUCACAGCCACCGACCUCCGCGUGUCAUUUGACCGCAUGCACCCGACACGGACGCUGGGGUUGCGGAGGAAGGAGGCGUCCUACGGAGUGGCCGAGCUGCAGGUUGGGGCCCGGUGCAAAUGCAACGGACACGCCUCGCGGUGCGCAGCCGGCCGGGACGGAGGGGCGCCCCAGUGCGAGUGCCGCCACAACACAGCCGGGCUGGAGUGCGACACCUGCAAAGCCUUCUACUGGGACAGGCCCUGGCAGCGGGCAACCCCCAAAGACGCGCAUGAGUGUGUGGGUGAGGCAGAGGGAGAGGCUGAGCAUGCAAGGCCGAGAGUUACUGUGUGUCCACAGCCGGGCUGCUCAUUUAGAGCUCAUCCACAUUUCCUUUCGUGCCACAUUUCUAGGCACAAGUCUGGGUUUUCCUGGUCCGUGUCUGAGUGGGUUUCCUCUCCAGAGCGGCGGUUCUCAGAGGGGCUUAACAAUCAAUCCCUCUUCACAGGGAACUCUGGGAAUUGUAGUCCUGUGAGGGCAAUAGGGGUCUCUGAACAGCCCUUAAGCAGCUACUGCUCCCAUAAUUCCAUGGGGGUAACCAUGGCUGUGGCAUCACAGCAUUUUAAAUUUACGGUGUGAUUGUGGCCCAAGUUUCCUUGGGCCCCCUCUUCCAAGAUUUAGCUUUGUGUAUUAGAUCGUAGCCCUGCUCACAUUCUUACAACCACGUUUAACAGCCUAGAGGGCUUUUGCAGCACAAUUCCAUGUAUCACAGAAUUGUAGAGUUGGAAGAGACCGCAAGGAUCAUCCCACAGAGGGACAAUUUAAUUUUUAAGGGGGGCUGUUUGAGAAUGAGUUAUUAACAGUUAAUGGCCUUUUAGGCUUCCUCCACGUGAAUAGGAGUUCACUUUUUGAAUAAUAACAAUUAUAUGUCACCGGGAGGGGGGCAUCAGGAUUUUAGAGAUGCUUAGGUGGGGCAUGGCCCAAAAAAAAUUGGGAACCACUGAUUUCUAGUCCAAUCCCCAGCUAUGAAGGGAUCCUUUUGCCCAAUGUGGGGCUGCAAGCCAUGACCCUGAGUCUCAUGCUCUACCAACUGGGCAGAGAUUGGGAAUCUCAGGCCAGGGGAGCCAGAUGUGGCCCUCCAGGCCUCUCUACCUGGCCCCUGGGGCUUUCUCCAGGCCACACCCACUUCCCAAGCACACAUCCCACUUGCCCUGCUUUCCACCCCUCCUUGGGUGUUUUUGCCUGGCUAGAAUGUGUCCUUGCUUCUUGCUUGCCUGCAUGAAAGGAAGGCAGAGGUAUGCGAGCGUGUGAAGAAACAAGCCACUGUACAAAAGAAUACUUAACAUUCAUUGCUCCACCCACUUUUGCUUCUGGCCCCGCCCACCACUAAUUUGUGGCCCCUGGGUGGUUGCCUAGAAGAGAAUGUAGCCCUCAGGAUGAACAAGUUUCUCCACCCAUGGUUUAGAGUAUUGGACCAUUUUCACUGGUGCAGACAAACACUAUUAUAAUCCAGGCUCUCGGACAAAGGUGUACCCUGACUACUGGCAGGGCCGGCCUUUGUUCAAGGAGAAAUAGGGGACUGGGGCAUGCAUCUACAGAGGUGAGGGGCUCCAGGGGUGCAGGGGGUGAUGGGGGUUCUUGGGUGGGGAAGAGAUUUCCACAGGGUUGGGAGGGGGCAGCUGGCAGAGCUGACAGACCCCCUUCCUGCGUCCUCAGCUUGCGACUGCCACCUCCACUCCCACCGCUGCCGGUUCAGCAUGGAGCUCUACGAACUCUCGGGGCGCCGAAGUGGUGGGAUCUGCUUGAACUGCCGCCACCACACGGCAGGGCGCCACUGCCAGUACUGCCUGCCAGGCUUCAAGCGUGACCUCAGCAGGCCCAUGGAGAGCAGCAAGGCCUGUAAAGGUGAGUGGGGUUUGUAGGGGCAACACACCAGUGGAACCCGAAAACAGCAGACAAAUGAAGGGGACGUACCUGGGUGGGCUUAGCCCUGUCAAUGUCCAAAAAGCCACAAGGGAAAUAAGAGAAAGUGAGGGGACAGCCUCCUGACAGCCUGGAUUUAUUUGUCCCUCACACGCUGCCCGGAAUUCUGGAAAAAAUUGUAUCUGUGUAAGGUUUCAGGGAAUUUUGAUCUCCUGCUCCCCUAAAAUGGCCACACUUAGAAUUAGGGAGAAGCACUGAGAGUUAGGCUGCUACUAGAUGGGUGUUUAUGGUGGAAUAAAUGCUGUGCGUGCACAUACUUUUUUUUUUUAAUGUUGACAUCAUCAAAGCACCAGCCCACAUUUUUUUCCAUAUUUAAUCUGGAUUUCACCAUCGGAAAUCCAUUAAGUAAGAGCAACCCACUGUAUUUCUGCAGUCACCACUGGCGUGGAAGCUGGUUAGUGCAUUUGGGGGGGGCAGUUCAGUGAGUAGUCCCUGGGGCCAUGCACCCCUUCUUCCAUGUGCUCCUCACCUGAGCACAGCUUUGUCCCUUUGUUUUUGACAUCUCACAUGAUACGACCUAGGCUGUUUCCACUGUUUGCCACAUUCUGAAGGCUUGUCAGAAUUGAACAAUCCAUGUUAUAGGGCAUGGGUAGGCAAACUAAGGCCCAGGGGCCGAAUCUGGCCCAAUCGCCUUCUAAAUCCAGCCCAUGGGCAGUCCGGGAAUCAGCGUGUUUUUACAUGAGUAGAAUGUGCCCUUUUAUUUAAAAUGCAUCUCUGGGUUAUUUGUGGGGCAUAGGAAUUUGUUCAUCCCCCCCCCAUAUAGUCCGGCCCCCCACAAGGUCUGAGGGACAGGGGACUGGCUUCCUGCUGGAAAAGUUUGCUGACUCCUGUUGUAGGGGGUAUUUUCUCAGGAUCUCAGCACUUGGGAGGAACUAUCUUGGAGGCUGUCAGCACCAAACCUACCUCACAGGUCUGUUGUGGGGAAUUAUAUGAAGGGGAGAACCAUGUACACCACCUUGUUCUCUUUGGAGAAAAGGCAGGAUAUAAAGAAAAUUGAUUUUUAAAAAAACUGUGCUACCUCUGUCAAUGUUAUAUCUGCAAAACAUGAAUAUGACAAGUCAAGUCAGCCACCUUCCCCCUUCUACUGAGGGAAAAGUCCUUCAGCUAGCUUCUAUGUAAGUUGAUGUGACCUUCAUGGCUUCUUGGGAAAUGUAGUUUUAUGAGAGUCCUCAGACUUCUCAGAGAUCCUUGCAGCUUUCUCAUUCUUGGCUGGAGAAUGUUGUGAUAUUUACAGUGGUAGCAUAGGCGUGUCUGAAUCCUUUCGAUUUUGGAGUCUACAACUUGAGACUUAUAACCUUUACCUAAGUUGUGUGUGGCAGGAGGGGUGGUGGAGAGGAGAGAGAGUGUUAACAGGCCCUCCGCCUGGGGCACAGCAGUGAGAAAGUCUACACAGCAUUGGAGUAACUAACAAUGGCACCUUCUCAGAAGACCGUGCUGGGAGAGGGAGGGGCAGACCAGUUUCAGAGAAGCUCUCAGCAUUCUAAGCCACUAACACCGUCUCCCCAUUUUGUUUCCUCUUCAGCCUGCCAGUGUCAUCCCAUUGGUGCGGUUGGCACCAUUUGCAACCAGACGACAGGGCAGUGCCAGUGCAAGAAUGGAGUCACCGGCCUGACCUGCAACCGCUGUGCUCCAGGUUUCCAGCAAAGCCGAAGCGCCCAUGCCCCCUGCAUGCGUAAGUGCGGCCACUUUUCCUGAAUCCUGCUUAGAACCAGCCGUUCAUGACGGUUCAGUCAAAAAGGCUAUGACACCCAUCUGAGCCGCUGCUUAACUCCUGGAGGUCAGAAACCUCCAUUUCUGGAUGUUCAGAACUGAGUACUGAUGCUUGCGUACCCAAAAUGGUAUCACCCGUGCUGAACAGAGUGGUUUCAGCAGCCUUUUGCAGAAGUGCGAUAUGAAGCGCGGGGAGGGGGGGAGGCUAACAGAGACACACACCCCACAAAACACCCCAAUGGGGACUGGGCAUGCUCAGUAGCCACAGAAUGCUGACUGAGGCUGUGUACGUACAAUAUUACAGUUUACUCCAGCUCCAGUGCACACCCACAGCUAGCGUCUGAAGCCAAGUACACAUAACGUUAGCCACAAUCCAUAUGUGCCUUGUAGCUUCUUGAGAAACAUCACUGUUGAUGCAUUUUCCUCAAACCAGCUGCCAUCUGGUUUGAAAACGUAAGCCACAGUUGAGCUGAGGUGUGUACGUCAAAGAUAGCUAUUGCACCUGUGCAGAUGACAUCUUCGUUGGAGUUGCGGUGGGGGUGGGGGCUGCUGCAGGCAUGGGGAAACAAAGCAGGGAACAAGCAUCAGAUGAAGACAUCCUCUCUCCCUCGCUGGUGUGUACAGCAAAUUUUUAAAAGAAAGUCUUGAAACGCAGUGAGAGGGGCUUGGCAUCGGUGCAUUUCAAGCUGCUAAUGUGGACAUAGCCUGAUGGUUGGGGGGAAAUGACAAUAAAUCCUGUUGGGAGGAAAAAAUAGAAUAGAGUAUCCUAUGGGGGGGAUGGCAGACUGGCUGUGAAACUGAGUAGGAGCACUUAACACGUCUGUAACAUAGACUACAUCUUGGGACCCUUUAUUUUCUACCCAGUGUCUGGUUGUGGGCAUCUGCAUAUGGUUUUCAGUACAAUAAAAACAGAAAGUCUUAAAAACAAAACAAAAACAAAACACCCUCAAAAACAGGAAAAAAAGUUCCACUCUCGGUAACAAAAUACAACUUCCAAAAGAUUAAGUUAAAGUAAAGCACUCAAUUGUACGUUAUGUACUGAAUUUGUAGGUUGUACAAACAUAAAGAUAAACUUUAAAUAUUCCAUAAAAUAAAAUAUACGCUACAGGCAAAUAUUAAGAAUGCAGUCCUAUAAUCUGCUUAUGGGCCAAAUGCCUGUUAAAUGUAAGUGCUCCUUAAAGGACUCAUCCAGGCACAUUCAACAUAAAAUCCUCUUCAGUGACCAGACAUUUGUAAUCUAGCACAAUAAUAUCUAUAAAGAAUAGUGGUUAGUGCUGUACCUCGGCUGCGGUGGAGGGUGGGGGGGAAGGCUUAAACACAUGGACACAUCCCAAGACAUUCUCUUAUCAUAAAGACUUCAGAACUGGAGUAUAUAUGAAACUUCUCCAGUGCAAGGUAUUUAAAUCCUGCACAGGAAAUGAAAAUAUAAAUUCUUGGAAUUAAAAUAAAGUAUGCACGCUGUAAGCGGUGCAUCCUUAAUAUUUGUCCGCUGUAUAUAUUUCACCUUAUGUUAUAUUAUGAGUUUGUUUUUAUGUUAGCAUAACCUACAACUGAGAAUGUUUUACCUUAACUGGGUCUUUUUGAAGUUUUGAAAACUCAAUAAAGUUGCUGCCGCCACCUCACUGCUGUAUUCUGUUCAAUAUGGUACCAAGGCAAUAUCCUUUUCUAUAUUAAAAGUUUCAUAAGCUAGCCCUAUCUUUCGCCUGAUCCCAGUGUAGUAAUAUAUCAGCGACUAUAUUUUUCAGCGGUUGCCCAUUUGUGGGAUGCUGUCUCCAGGGAACCAUGACUUGCACUGUCAUUGCCAAUUUUUAGGAGCCAGAGUAAGACAUUUUUAUUUACCCAAGCUUUGGGUGGUUAAAUUAGCCUCUAUUGCACAGCUCAUCUUUUAGUGGGGUGAGGUAGGAAUUGUCUUCCUUAUGGCAGUGCUGGGUGAGUAUUUUAGGAAUUUUGUGCCAUGUGUUAUUUUCUUCAAUUUGGCUUUUAAUUGAUUUUCUCUGUUUGUAUUUUAUGUUGCUGUAAUGUUGCUUUGAUAUAUUUUGUUGUUGUUGUUGAAUAAAGAGCCUAAUGCAAUAAGGCCUCAUCAGCACUAUCUCUAUCUAUCUUUCAUCUAUCUAUCUAUCAUCUAUCUAUCUCAGUAUCAUACCAUUUUAAACAGUCAUGACUUCCCCCUAACAAUCUUGGAAAGUGUAGUUUGUUAAGGAUGCUGAGUUUUAAAGAGGCCUCUAUUCCCCUCACAGAGCCUAGGACUUGCUGAUCAGAAGGUUGGUGGUUCGAAUCCCUGCGACGGGGUGAGCUCCCGUUGCUCGGUCCCUGCUUCUGCCAAACUAGUAGUUUGAAAGCACGUCAAAGUGCAAUUAGAUAAAUAGGUACCACUCCGGCGGGAAGGUAAACAACAUUUCCGUGCACUGCUUUUGGUUCGCCAGAAGCAGGUUUAGUCAUGCUGGCCACAUGACCAGGAAGCUGUACGCUGGCUCCCUCGGCCAAUAAAGUGAGAUGAGUGCCGCAACCUCUGAGUCAGUCACGACUGGACCUAAUGGUCAGGGGUCCCUUUACCUUUACCUUUAUUCCCCUCACAAAGCAACAAGACCCAGGGUGGUUUAACAGUCAAGCCUUCUUCCCUGUGAACUCUGGGAAUUGUAGCUCUCUGAGGGGAAUAGCAUACCCUCCAACAUUUCUCUGAUGAAAAUAGGGAUGUCCCAUUCCAUAAUAAUAAUUUACUAUUCAUAUGCCACCCAUCUGACUGGGUGGAGUAUAAAACAUUAAACAUUUUUUAAAAACCAACUUCCAUAUACAGGGCUGCCUUCUAAUGGCUCAGCGGUUGGAAAACUCUGUACUAGGGUUUCCAUACGUCCGGAAUUUCUCUGACAUAGCUGGCAAAUUGGCGUCGGAAACAGUGUCCGGGUGGAAACCACUGAAAUGUCUGGGGAAAUGCGAGCGUAUGGCUACACCUAUGUCAGCAAAAAAAAGGCUCGACAACUUUUCUGGCUGGAUUUUCACUUUUUGAAAUAUGGCAACCCUACUCUGUACCCUCAACAUUUCUCCAAUGAAAAUAGGGACGUCCUAAGGAAAAGUGGGACAUUCCGGGAUCAAAUUAAACCAGGACAGCUUCUCUAAAUCAGGGACUGUUCUUGGAAAAUAGAGACACUUGGAGGGUCUGGAAUAGAGGUUCCUUAACAACCCUCCGCAUCCUUAGCAAACUACAGUUCCCAGGAUCCUUUGGGGCAAGCCCCGGCUGUUUAAAGGGGUAUGGUGCAGCUUUAAAUGUAUAAUGCAGAAGAAGAAGAAUAUCCUGCCAAUGGUGGUGAACGGAAAGCCCCUCCAAUAACCUUUCUGUCACUGUUCUGGAAUGAGAAGGCGCUUUGAGAGGCUCUGCCUCCAAGUAGUUGCUAAAACAGGAAAUGAGGUCAUAGCUGUGGAAGCACAUGUGUUCCAGAAAACCUUUGAUCUUUUAUCUUUCUGCAGGCGAUGCUAUAUCAGGAAAUAACUUCAUAGGUAGUGUAAAGAUCCCAUCUGUAAUGGAACUGAUGCUGAAGCAUGUGAGAUAGCCAGGCUCUGGCCUUCCAGCAGCGUCAUUCAAUUCGGGUGUGGGUGAUUCAUUACUAAAAAUAAUAAUAUUCUCUUGAGGUCUCAUGUGCAAUACUGAGGGUGGUCAGCAUCAGUUUGGGUGGGGAGGGUGUGGGUGACACCCAGUCAAAUCAUGGAAUCCAGUGUAGAGCUGAGUGACAAGUGACAAGUUCUUCAUCAUUCUGUAAUCAAAGGCAGAAUAACUGAUCUAAAAACAAGUUGGUGCAGCUAGACUUAGCUGCAGACAUGCCGUGCAUUUAAAGCACAUGGCUGCCCCCAAAUACUGUGUUUUUUGCUCUAUAAGACUCACUUUUUCCCUCCUAAAAAGUAAGGGGAAAUGUGUGUGCAUCUUAUGGAGCGAAUGCAGGCUGCGCAGCUAUCCCAGAAGCCAGAACAGCAAGAGGGAUUGCUGCUUUCACUGCACAGCCAUCCCUCUUGUUAUUCUGGCUUCUGAGAUUCAGAAUAUAUUUUUUCUUGAUUUCCUCCUCCAAAAACUAGGUGUGGCUUGUGGUCUGGUGCGUCUUAUAGAGCAAAAAAUACGGUAAUCCCAAGAACUGUAGUUUACCCCUCACAGAGCUGCAGUUCACAGAACACUAAACAAACUACAGUUCCCAGAAUUCUUGUCUCACCAAGUUUUUCUGUCUUCUGGGCGAGGAAUGUUCUUUACUUUAAAAAAUCAAAAUCGAAUGGCUUCUUCUAUAUCUUCCCUCCCACAGGGAUCCAGGAAGUGAUGACAACGACAGUCGCCCCGCCACAGGAGUGGAAUGCAGGUGAGAAGGAAGGAGUGGGCAGGGGAGGGAAAUGUUAUUUUGCUGGAGGGUUUAUUUGGGAGGUGGUUUUACACCAGCCUAACCUGAUCCAUUCAAUAGGUACUGAAUGUCAGACCCACUGUAAGCCACCGCGAGGACGUGUCCAGAUGAACCUGAGGAACUACUGCAAAAAGGAUUACGGUAAUUCACACUCGUGUCUGAAACCGCAGCUCCCCACACCCUUUCAGCCCUCUGCCACCAACCUCUCUGUGUGAAGUUGUUCUUUACAAAUGAGCGAAAAGUAGGUUGAACCCAGAAGCGAUGCCAGAGACCUCUGACAUAGCUCAUUGGGUAGAGCAUCAGACUCUCAAUCUCAGGUUCAUGGGUUCGAACCCCAUGUUGGGCAAAAGAUUCCUAAAUAGCAGGAGGGUGGUCCCUUCCAACUCUACAAUUUUGUAAUUCACCUUUUCUCCUCCCCCUCCCCCCCCAAAAAAAAACCAGCCAGGGAGCCCUAUGGCCAUGAACUAUCCUAACUGUAGGAAAGAUUAUAGUUUUGAAAUGGGAAACCCUGGGAAACCCCACCUUUAAAGGAAAAUGUAAGGUGAGAUGUGCAGGCUUGUUCAUGACAUAGUUCCCACUAUCUGCACAUCAUUGCUGGAAGCACAAGCCUUCUGGAAAGUAUUGGGUAUUUGUUUUGCAAGGGAUGACAUGCCCAGCAAUGACAUCACAGGCUUGAAAAUGGGGGCCAGGAGAUGCUCCAGCUUCUGGGGAGGGAAGAACAGAACAACUUACAAAGGGGGUGAAAGGUCCCAUGUUCAAUCCCAGGCAUCUCCAGGUAGGGCCAGGAAUGGUCCUCUGCUGGAUCCCUGGAGAGCGACAGCCAAUCAGUGUAGACAAUACUGAUGGAGGUGAACCAACCAUCUCACUCAGUAUAAGCCUUGUGUGUGUGACGCCAUAGCUGCAGGGCAACAUCAUGUUGCGACUUCCCAAGGGUCAUUUUUUCCUUUUUCUGCCCCUGCCAGUUCUCCGUGCGCAGCUGUUGUCCAUGGAGAAGUCGGGCACGUGGUGGCAGUUCACAGCCUCGGUCCUCACCGUCUACCGCCAGCGCCGGGUGCCCAUUCGGCGGGGCGAGCAGCCGCUCUGGGUGCCUGAGCAGGACCUGGCAUGCCGCUGCCUCCACCUCCAAGUCGGCAAAUCUUACCUGGUGAUCGGCAACGAUGAGGAGUCGCCCGACCCUGCCCGGUUAAUCCUCGACAAAAACAGCCUGUCCCUGCCUUGGAGGGACGCCUGGGCACACAAACUGCGCAGUUUCCAGCAGCAAAGCAGGCGUGGGAAAUGUAGACUCAGCUGA